AUGCCUGCUGCCACUCAGAAGCUGAAGGUUGAGACUGGUCUGUCUCGAGCUUCAAGCGUCUCCAAGACAGAGAGCCACACGGAUGGAGAGAACAACUAUCUCAAAGAGCUGCAGAAGUCACUUCGCAAUACCACUAAGAAGCUUAAUGCCAGUGCCAAGGUCGAUGCCAUCCUCGCCGAAAACCCUGAUAAGUCGCUUGACCAGCUGGUCGAGGAGAAGAAGAUCAACAGUGACCAGCGGGCCCAACACCUGAGGAAAAGUGCUCUGCAGGCUGCUGCUGCCCAGACUGAAGAGCAGAUCGGCCAUUACAAGCACUUCGCUGCCCAGUAUGAGGAGCGUCUGGUGGCCCAGAAGUCUGAGUUGGCCAAGGAUCACGAGGAGGAACUGGAAGCCGUCCGGGCAAACGCCAUUGCCGAUGCGACGGAAGCCUCUCGCAAAGCGCUGCGCACCCAGCUCCACACAAUGACCAAGUUCUUGUGUGGCGCAGCCAUGCUGCGACGCGACGGGGUGGUCAAUACCGAAACCCAAGCCUUUGAGGGAGUCCUGUUCCAGGUCUACGGCGGUAGCCACGACUCUGUCAACAACAUGUUGAAGGUCAUCAAUGGAGCGGACGAGAAGAUUACCGCCGUGGAGGGCGAUGUACUGGACUUUACCUAUGCGGACCUGAAGCAGGCCUGUGAACGGUUUGCGCCGGCCGAAGAGGGCUCCGAAGCUAGCACCGAGACCGUCCCCGCCUCCGACCCUACCAUUGCCAACGCUGGUUUCACCGAGCUCCAGGACAGCUCUCUGACCAACGCUGCGCCUGCCGCCCAAGCCAACCAGCUGGCUCCUCCCGAGCAAACCGUAGUCACCGAAGCUGCCAAUGAGAUUGCGGAGAAGAGCGCGGGCGUUUCCUCCGACGACAGCGAGCGGGUUGAGGUUCCUCGCAACCCCGCGGAGACCGAGACUGGUCUUCAAGCCACCCCGGCUAGCGCCGAUGCGGGUUUGACCAACGGUUCUGUCGGCGUGGACGCGGCCAACGCAGGUGGACAGGAGACCAGUGCGAAGAAGCCCAGGGACCGACGCCGCCACCACCACAAUCGUAGCACUCGGGACGGACAGCAGGGCCCACGGGACGGACAGCCUCAGCGCGAGGGCCAGGGCAAGCGCGAGGGCUCCAAGGCGCAGCGGGAGACGCAGCAAGGCGAUCAACCUCCCCGUGACGGACAGCAAGGAUCCCGCGAAGGUCGUGGCCGCGGAGGUCGCUCCCGCGGUGGAGAGGGUCGUGGCCGUGGCGGACGGGGCCGUGGGCGUGGAGGCGCUGGUUCUGGCAACGUCGCGGGUGAUGCCCCUGCGCCCGCCAAAUCCACCGAGUAA